GCCCCUAUUAAAGCAUCAAUAAGCCUAAAACAUUCUAGAAACGAACAGUUCAUUCUGACAGCUUUUGUUGGUAGUGUCUUAAGGAAGUAAAAUCUUUAAAAGUGAAUCAUUAUAGAGAGCAUAUCCUAUGUUGCACUUUCUAAAAAUCCAAUUAUGUGUGAGAAAUGACCAAUUAAAGAUGUUGAUUUAUCUCUUUCUGGUAUCAGGAGAGAAACAAUAGCCAAGGAAUUGUGUGGCCGCUGAAUUUUCUCUGGCGGUACUGAAAGGAGUUUCCUGCUGUGGGGUGGUGGUGGGAUGAGAAGGUUUAUGCUCUUUUCUUUGGGGGAAAAAGUUUAUACUGAUUUGCUAAAUGUCACAUCUCCUGCACAGAAGUAGGUAGGGGUGAAUGGCAUAGUCGGGCAAUCAGUCAGAGUUGGCACUUUAUGGCACCUGGCCAAGUGCCUUCAAGAUAAGCAGGCCAUAAAUACAGGUGCUUCCCAAACUUUUACCUAUGGUUGUUUUCCAGGAAGGGAGGGGGAGAGAGAGCAGGUAGAGGGCCCUGUACCUGACGGUGCUGUUUCUGCCUCACCCUUGACCCACGGUGCUGGGAGCAUGACCUGGUGACCUGAGGCUUAUCACAGCACCACAUAGGAGAGGUAAAAUGGGGUCAGCUUCAGGGGAUUUCCUUCUUAGGCUACAAGGCGGGAAAAAGCAGUGAGACAGUAAAAAUCAGCAAAGCAAGACUGACAAGUGAGUUCUUCAGUCCACCUGAGUUGAGCACUGGCUGUGAACCAGGCACAUUGGCUGCUGUGAGGCGCGGAUGUGCUGCAGAUCACUGCAUCUGUGCUGAGGGCCCAUGUUCUAGAACUGCAUCCUCGGUCUCUGUCCCAGUUCAGCCAUCUAUAGCAUCUCCUCAGUAACCGACGGUGAUGUUCCCUUCCCUAUGCUGUUUAUACCAUCAGCCUGGGGUUUUCUUUGGAGGUGACACAAAGCCCCACAUUCUACCUCAGUGGAACAAGGAGGAGCUCAUUCUGCCCAGCCAUCACCUACCAGGUUCCUUCUUCCUUUAGCCUUUCCAGCAACCCUCUUGCCCUCCUCUGAGGCUGGCAAGUUCAGAGAGACGUAUGGCAGAUGUGUCAGAAGAAAGAAAUGGAAGGAUACACAAGAAUGAAGAUAUUCAAAUGUUAUUUUAAACAUACCCUACAGCAGAAAGUUUUCAUCCUGUUUUUAACCCUAUGGCUGCUCUCCUUGUUAAAGCUUCUAAACGUGAGACGGCUCUUUCCGCAAAAAGACAUUUACUUGGUUGAGUACUCCCUAAGCACUUCACCUUUUGUAAGAAACAGAUACACUCAUGUUAAGGAUGAAGUCAGGUACGAAGUUAACUGUUCGGGUAUCUAUGAACAGGAGCCUUUGGAAAUUGGUAAGACUCUGGAAAUAAGAAGAAGGGACAUCAUUGACUUGGAGGAUGAUGAUGUUGUGGCAGUGACUAGUGAUUGUGACAUUUAUCAGACUCUAAGAGGUUAUGCUCAAAAGCUUGUUUCAAAGGAAGAGAAAAGCUUCCCAAUAGCCUAUUCUUUGGUUGUCCACAAAGAUGCAAUUAUGGUUGAAAGGCUUAUCCAUGCUAUAUACAACCAGCACAAUAUUUACUGCAUCCAUUAUGAUCGUAAGGCACCUGAUUCCUUCAAAGUUGCCAUGAACAAUUUAGCUAAGUGCUUCGCCAAUAUUUUCAUUGCUUCUAAAUUAGAGGCUGUGGAAUAUGCCCACAUUUCCAGACUCCAAGCUGAUUUAAAUUGCUUGUCGGACCUUCUGAAGUCUUCAGUCCAGUGGAAAUAUGUUAUCAACCUGUGUGGGCAAGAUUUUCCCCUGAAGUCAAAUUUUGAAUUAGUGUCAGAGUUGAAAAAACUCAAUGGAGCAAAUAUGUUGGAGACAGUGAAACCCCCGAACAGUAAAUUGGAAAGAUUCACUUACCAUCAUGAACUCAGACGGGUGCCUUAUGAGUAUGUGAAGCUACCAGUAAAGACAAACGUCUCCAAGGAAGCACCCCCGCAUAACAUCCAGAUAUUUGUUGGCAGUGCUUAUUUUGUUUUAAGUCAAGCAUUUGUUAAAUAUAUUUUCAACAACUCCGUCAUUCAAGACUUUUUUGCCUGGUCUAAAGACACAUACUCUCCUGAUGAGCACUUUUGGGCUACCUUGAUUCGGAUUCCAGGAAUACCUGGGGAGAUUUCCAGAUCAGCCCAGGAUGUGUCUGAUCUGCAGAGUAAGACCCGCCUUGUCAAGUGGAAUUACUACGAAGGCUUUUUCUAUCCCGGUUGUACUGGAUCUCACCUUCGAAGCGUGUGUAUUUAUGGAGCUGCAGAAUUAAGGUGGCUUAUCAAAGAUGGACAUUGGUUUGCUAAUAAAUUUGAUUCUAAAGUGGACCCUAUCUUGAUUAAAUGCUUGGCAGAAAAGCUUGAAGAACAACAGAGAGACUGGAUCACUUUGUCCUCAGAAAAGUUAUUUAUGGAUAGAAAUCUCACAACCACAUCAUGAUAGUAAAAUCAGGAUGGAAAUAAGAGGGUAUGUGAUAAAUUGAGUCAGUAUGGAAUUGAACACUAUACUAUGCCCAAUACUGUUUAAACUCAGUCCUCCCAUACUUUAAAAGGUGUCCAAAAUUCCAUACAGAAGGGAAAUUGAGCUAGCCAUUGAUGAUACUAGCCUGCAGUUGGCUAGGUUUUUUUAUGUUUGUUUUUGCUUGUAAUCUCAUUGAGCUAAGUCAGAGAUCUUAAACAUUCAGUUAGUCCUCAAACAUUAUUGAGCACCUAACUGUAUGACAAGCACUUUUUUAGAGACCGUGGCUUAUCCUCAUCAUGGCAAUCUCGGUAUCUUUAAGUUCUCCACAUAACAGUCAGGAUUCUACUGAAGUGGUAAUCAUCCAAUCAUAUAAACCACCCAUUUCAGAGUAGUGUUUAAGUACUGUGACCAACACUCCACUUGUCUCUUAACUCAGCUUCUAAGACAUUUCUUAACCAUUAGAGCAGAGGAGGAAAGACUCACUACCUCAGAAAAAUCUCAAAGAAUAGUCCAAUUUCCUGCUUGCCAAAGCAUAAUCUGCCUUUUGGUGCAUUACUUGGUCAAUUCAGGGUUGAGGAGACUGUUGGGGGGCAUUUAUAGUGUAUGAAAGUUAAGGAAGGGGGUGAGGAUAUGGGUUGGGACAGGUAAUACCUAAAGAGGAGCGAAGGGAUUUAUACAACAUUUUUAUCAUGUUACAAAACAGUAUCAUGAAUGGCCUCCUUUUUAGUUCAACUAUUUCUUUAAAAUGCAUUUACUGAUUAAAAAUAAGAACUGACCAAUAGCUCCAAGUGUCACACACCAGAACAUUAAGCCUAAGUCUUCAAUUCGUAAGUUAUUAUCUAGAUAAGUUUCUUUACAAUGGAAUACUUUCUAUGGAAUCAUUAUAGUUCUGUUUUAUGGAACUAUCAAGCUAAGAAUCACUAAACUUUCUUGAAAAGGUUGUGUGAAAUAUGACAGCUUUCUAAAUUAAUUGUUAUAGUCAUUUAAAAUUUUUUCUUCUCUGGCAACUGCCCAACUGGAAUCCAGAUUUAAAGUGAUAAAAGCUCUAAGUUUCUUGCAGUCUUUUUCUCAGCUUAGUUCCAGAGGAAAAAAAAAAAAAGCUAAUUUUCCUAAAGACACAGCAAGAAUAUUCAUUAAGGAUAUUUUCUAAACCCCACACUUGAGAAAACCACCAUAUGAGUAAUAUAUAUAUAUAGACACACACACACACACGCACAUACAUACAUGUGUGUAAUGGAAUUGUUCUAAAAGUAAAAUGUGGUAGGAAUAGGGUUCUGAGAAUAGGCGAGAACAUUUUCACUAGUCUCUUGGGAAAUUGUAGAACUCAUGUAAAAAUUUCUUGGUCAUCAUAUGUCUCAAUGGCAGCCUCAGUAAAUAAAGAUGUAGCCUCAGAUAUUAAUUUAAAGAUGUAGUAAAUCAAGGCCAAAAUAGGACAAUCUGGAAGAUUUAAGUAUUACAUAUUUUGAAAUGUCUGUGUUCUAAAUGUGAAAUGCACUUUGCUCAUUUUAAAGUUCAUAAUACUAACUGCCAACUGACACCACUUCUCGUUCCCUUUCUUCUCUUGAACUCAUUUUUCUCCCCUUUUAUUUACCCCCUUCAAAUUACUUCAUUCUUCAGAAAUAACUAUUUCCAAGCCCCAUUCUUCAGAGUAAGUAAACAUUGUAUAGAGCUAAGUUCUGCAAAAGAUCCAUACCAGUUCACUCGUGUGUGACUGUGAAUAGGUAAGUCACUUUGGACUCUCUGAACCUCAGUUUUCCAGAUAUUUGAAAUGAGCACUUGGAUGCCUAUCCUUGCUUCUUCCACACAAGUUUUGGGGUUUUUUUGUGUGUGUGAGAAUCGACUGAAAUAGUAUAUGAAGUGGUAUGAAAAUAGGCACAAACUAUUGACAUUUCAAUGUCAGAGAGUGAUACCUGUAGGAGUAUAAGGCAAACAAAGGUCCAACCCCAUUGAAAGACUUAAACAUUUGCCUUUUCUGAAAAACUAUUGAAAUAUAAAAAGAGGCCCCAGUCACAGGGGCAACUUCUGUAACCAAAUCCAGAUCUGAGGAAACUCCUGUAACCCCAUUUAGGGUUUCUUUCUAAGCCAAUAGGGUUACAGGUUGGUACAGUGACUUACAUUGAGAAUUGGGCUACAGAUACUUUUCCCACCAUCUAGGAUGAAAUACAUGAGAUCCUGUUGAAAUCUUGGUUUUUAUGGCUUUGGUCAUCAGAAUAAACGUAAAUGCUGAAAAACAAAUAACCUCCUGAUCCAGUGUCUUGCCUCCUGGUGAGAACAUAUUCUAUCCCCUGUUUAUUGGGAAAUUUCCGAAGUUGUUCAUCACUUAAAUGCCAUAUUCAAAGGGAACAUGGAAGGAUGAAGCGGAGAAAGUGCCUUUGAGACAUUCACACAUUUCUCUGGACUCAGUCUGUUAACAUUUCAGGGAGCUUGUCAGAUCACACCUUUUUGCCUUGGAAAUCCUACAGAUUUCCUGUACGCCUUCAUAUCUGAUUCUUCCCUAAAACCUCUGGGUAUGAUUUCCUCCCUGGUCUUGAGAAUGUCCUGCAGUCUGUGUUUUAUAAUUACUCUUCGUAUUUAUUGAAUCUAGACUUUAAGUUAUUCAGAGAUCAGACCAGAACCUUAGAGUUUCUGAAUUGUAUGUGGAUAUUAAACAAUAUUAAUAAUGAAAGAGCUACCAAAACAGUCUAUAUUGUGUGAACAAUCUCUUGUGAUAUUAGACGUAUUUAAAGACCAGUGUUGCUGCUAUUUUUAAUAUUUUGGUUAAUUUAAGUGAAAUGUACAUACUUAAAUUUGAAGAUUUAUCUUGCCUUUCAGAAUGUGAAGAUAUACUUGCAUAUAUUUUGACAUAUUUCAUGGAAAAUAAAAAUGAUAAUCCACUAUGUGAAUGUAAGUGAAUGUAUUCUUAUGUAUGUUAUUAUAAAUGAUUUUUGUUUGCAUUGAUGAUGAAAUGAGAGUUUUGGGGGCUUUUUAUACAUUUAUAUCGACUGGUCUCUAAACCUCCUACUAUGUUUUCUUAUCAUUGUUGAAAUACAGUUCCCAUUAUGAGCGUUUUAAAUAGAUUGGUGUUUCAUUUUGUAUUAUGCUACUAUUAGAUGUUGAUUCUCUGGUAUUGUAAAAUAAAAUAUGCUCCAAAAACCCAAA